AUGGAGGGCCACUCGGAACAGUCGCACUCGCAGUCACAUGCAACCCAGUCGCAUAGUGUCUCGCACUCUCAAACCUAUACCUCCAACACGAUGCAACAAUCAUCAUCAAAUGACCAGGAAUUCGAGUCCGCCAACGAGGUGGACACCACAGCGGACCUCAAACCAACCUCGACCUCCAGCUCCACCGUCAGCUCCUCCGUCAACAGCCAAGAUGGACGCUGGGGAGAAGCAGAGAUCGGCAAGCCGGUCUCUCGCAGCGGCGCCAUGGAAGACAUUCAAGACAUGCGCCGGGAACUGACCCGCCUCAGUCUGCACCGCACCCGCUCCACCACCAAGACCGGCAAGAGCGGCCGGAGAAAGUCCCGCGCGGACGAGGAGAAAGCCGAGGAAUCGGAAGCCGAGGAAGAUGACUUUGAUCUCGGCCAGUUCCUCGUCGGAGGUCAUCUCGAACGACGGACCACAACUGGCGAGCCCGCCAAGAAGGUGGGUGUGGUCUUCAAGAAUCUCACGGUGCAGGGUAUCGAGACAGGUGCCUCGUUCGUGCGCACUCUCCCCCAUGCCGUCGUCGGCACAUUUGGUCCUGAUCUCUACAACCUGGUCUGCCGCUUUGUGCCGCAGCUGCACUUUGGCAAGAAGCCCCCCGUCCGCGAUCUGAUCCAUGACUUUAACGGUGCCGUUCGCGAAGGCGAAAUGAUGCUCGUUCUUGGUCGUCCCGGUGCUGGAUGCACUACUUUCCUCAAGGCCAUCGCUAAUGACCGCGGUGCGUUCGCUGGCGUUUCAGGUGAAGUGAGCUAUGGUGGUCUCUCGGCGGAAGACCAGAACAAGCACUUCCGUGGAGAAGUCAACUACAACCCGGAAGACGAUCAGCACUUCCCUUCCCUGACAGUCUGGCAGACCCUGAAAUUCUCCCUGAUUAACAAAACUCGCAAGCACGACCGCGAAAGCAUCCCCGUGAUCAUCGAUGCCCUUCUAAAAAUGUUCGGCAUCAGCCACACGAAGAACACCUUCGUGGGUAACGAGUAUGUCCGCGGUGUGUCUGGUGGUGAGCGCAAGCGUGUUAGUAUUGCCGAAACGCUUGCAACCAAGUCCUCCGUCGUGUGUUGGGACAAUUCCACCCGUGGUCUGGACGCCAGCACUGCUCUCGACUACGCCAAGUCUUUGCGCAUCAUGACGGAUGUCAGCAAGCGCACUACCUUUGUCACCCUUUACCAGGCUGGCGAGAGUAUCUACGAGCUCAUGGACAAGGUCAUGGUUAUCGACGAAGGUCGUAUGCUCUACCAAGGUCCUGCCAACCAGGCCCGUCAAUAUUUCAUUGACCUGGGCUUCUAUUGCCCACCCCAAUCUACCACUGCCGACUUCCUCACCUCGCUCUGCGAUCCCAAUGCUCGUGAAUUCCAGGCCGGUCGCGAGGCUUCCACCCCCAAGACCGCCCAGGCCCUUGAGCAGGUCUUCCGCGAUAGCCAAGCCCACAAGGCUAUCUGGGAGGAUGUGUGCGGCUAUGAAAAGCGUCUUCAGGAUACCGAGCAGGAGGAUACUCGCCGGUUCCAGUCGACCGUUGCACAGUCCAAGUCUAAGACCGUUUCGAAGAAGUCUCCUUACACUGUCUCUCUUGUGCGCCAGGUCAUGGCCUGUGUGCAGCGUGAAUUUUGGCUUCUGUGGGGUGACAAGACUUCACUCUACACCAAGUACUUCAUCAUCAUCUCCAACGCUCUUAUUGUCUCGUCUCUAUUCUACGGUGAAUCUAUGGAUACCAGCGGUGCAUUCUCGCGCGGUGGUGCUCUGUUCUUCGCUAUUCUGUUCCUGGGCUGGCUCCAAUUGACGGAGCUGAUGCCUGCUGUUUCUGGUCGUGGUAUCGUCGCCCGCCACAAGGAUUAUGCUUUCUAUCGACCCUCCGCUGUGUCUAUUGCUCGUGUUGUGGUGGACUUCCCUGCAAUCUUCUGCAUGGUCGUUCCCUUCUCCAUCAUCGUGUACUUCAUGACUGGACUUGAUGUGUCGGCUUCCAAGUUCUUCAUCUUCUUCCUGAUCGUCUAUACCAACACGAUGUGUAUCACCGCGUUAUAUCGAAUGUUUGCUGCGCUGUCGCCAACUAUUGAUGAUGCAGUUCGAUUCAGUGGUAUUGGCCUCAACCUGCUCAUUAUCUUUGUCGGUUAUGUGAUUCCCAAGCAGAGUCUGAUCAAGGACUCGAUCUGGUUUGGUUGGUUGUUCUACGUCAACCCCAUCUCGUACAGUUACGAGGCUGUCUUGACAAACGAAUUCUCUGAUCGAGUUAUGGAAUGUGCGCCUUCUCAGCUUAUCCCCCAGGGCCCAGGCGUCAACCCUCAAUACCAGGGAUGUGCUUUGACUGGCUCUUCUUUGAAUGCGAAGUCUGUUGAUGGCGCGCAAUACUUGACUUCCAACUUCCAGUUCACACGCAGCCACCUCUGGCGUAACUUCGGUGUUGUCAUUGCCUGGACUGUGCUCUACAUUUUGGUCACUGUCAUUGCUUCUGAGGUUCUUUCUUUCGUUGGUGGCGGCGGGGGUGCUCUUGUUUUCAAGAAGUCCAAGCGCGCCAAGCAGGUCGCUGCUCAGGCUAAGGGUAAUGAUGAGGAGAAAGUUGCCAGCACUGAAGAUAAUGCUGCGCUUGCUCGCGGGAAGGCCUCUUCCUCCGCGGAUGAUGUUACUUUCAACCGUCUUUCUUCCAGUGAGCGCUGCUUCACCUGGGAGAAUGUUGAAUACACUGUGCCUUACGGUAAUGGAACCCGGAAGCUCCUCAACGGUGUCAACGGCUACGCUAAGCCUGGUGUCAUGAUUGCCCUGAUGGGUGCCUCUGGUGCUGGAAAGACCACCCUGCUCAACACCCUGGCCCAGCGCCAGAAGAUGGGUGUUGUAACUGGUGACAUGCUGGUCGAUGGCCACAAGCUGGGCACUGACUUCCAACGUGGAACUGGUUUCUGUGAGCAGAUGGAUCUGCAUGACAACACCUCGACUAUUCGCGAAGCAUUCGAGUUCUCUGCCAUUCUUCGUCAGCCCCGUGAUGUUCCUCGACAAGAAAAGAUUGACUACGUUGAUCGGAUUAUCGACCUGCUCGAGCUGGAAGAAAUCCAAGACGCCAUCAUCGGCUCUCUCAAUGUCGAGCAAAAGAAGCGUGUGACAAUUGGUGUCGAACUCGCUGCUAAGCCUAGUCUCCUGCUCUUCCUUGACGAGCCCACUUCCGGUCUCGAUUCCCAGGCUGCCUUCUCCAUUGUUCGUUUCCUCAAGAAGCUUUCUCAAGCCGGUCAAGCUAUUGUCUGCACAAUCCACCAGCCUUCUUCGAUGCUCAUCCAGCAAUUCGACAUGAUUCUUGCCCUCAACCCAGGUGGAAACACCUUCUACUUCGGCCCUGUCGGUAAGGAUGGAGCAUCUGUGAUCAAAUACUUCGGUGACCGUGGCUUCCACUGCCCUCCCUCGAAGAACGUCGCCGAAUUCAUUCUCGAAACCGCUGCCAAAGGAACUCAACGGAACGGGAAACAAGUCGACUGGAACGAAGAAUGGCGCAACUCUGAGCAGAACCGCGACAUGCUCUCUGAGAUCGAGCGCAUCCGAUCAGAGCGCUCCAAGGUCCCAAUCGAAGACUCUGGUUCUUCUCACUACGAAUUUGCGGCCCCAACAGCAACCCAGACCAUGGAGCUCACCAAGCGACUGUUCAGGAACUACUGGCGUGAUCCAUCCUACUACUACGGCAAACUGUUUGUCAGUGUCAUCAUUGGAAUCUUCAACGGCUUCACCUUCUACAUGCUUCCCAACACAGUGGCCUCGAUGCAGAACCGCAUGUUCUCGGUCUUCCUGAUCAUUCUCAUUCCCCCUAUUGUUUUGAACUCCAUCGUUCCCAAGUUCUACAUCAACCGUGCCCUCUGGGAAGCAAGAGAAUACCCAUCCCGUAUCUACGGCUGGGUGGCCUUCUGCACCGCGAACGUGGUCUGCGAAAUCCCCGCCGCCAUCAUCUCCGGUCUCAUCUACUGGCUACUCUGGUACUACCCCGUUGGAUUCCCCACCGACAGCUCAACAGCCGGAUACGUGUUCUUAAUGAGCAUGCUCUUCUUCCUGUUCCAAGCAUCAUGGGGCCAAUGGAUCUGCGCCUUCGCCCCCUCUUUCACUGUCAUCUCCAACGUCCUACCUUUCUUCUUCGUCAUGGUCAACCUGUUCAACGGUAUCGUCCGUCCCUACGCAGACUACCCCGUCUUCUGGAAAUACUGGAUGUACUACGUCAACCCAACAACCUGGUGGAUGCGCGGUGUCCUCUCUGCAGUCCUACCAGAUGUGCAAAUCGAAUGCGCCACCCAAGAAGCUACCCACUUCGACCCACCCCCCGGCCAGACCUGCGCCCAGUACGCCGGCGACUUCGUCUCUUCAAUUGCCAAGGUCGGUAAAUUGAUUGACCCCAACGCUACCAGCGAUUGCCAGUACUGUCCCUACGAGACUGGAGCUGACUACAUGACCAACUUGAAUGUUCAUGAUGGUGACAAGUGGCGCUGCUUUGGAAUCUUCUUGGCCUUUGUUAUCAUUAACUGGGUUCUGGUUUACUUCUUCAUUUACACUGUGCGUGUUCGUGGUUGGAGCUUUGGUAUUGGAUCCUUGUUUGGUGCGGCUGGUCUGAUGAUCGAUCGUAUCAAGGGAUUGGGCUCCACCGACGGAAUCGGCCUCUCAACAGCCAAACACCUAACCACCCAAGGCCACACCGUAAUCCUACACGCCCGCAACUCCCUCCGCGCCCAAGAAACCCAAAAAGCCCUCCCAAGCGCCCCCAUCCUGAUCGCCGACCUGCGCUCCAUAACCGAAACCAAAAACCUCGCAGCAGAAGCCAACAAACACGGCCCCUUCGACACAAUAAUCCACAACGCAGGCAUUGGCUUCGGCGCAACAUCCUCAAAAGAAAUAACAGCCGAUGGCAUCUCCGCCGUGUUCGCAGUUAAUACACUUGCGCCAUAUAUAUUGACUUGUUUAAUGGAUCGGCCUGGCAGACUCCUGUUCAUGAGUUCGGAUAGUCAUUACGGGGGUGAUAAUUCGUUGCGGGGGAUUAGGACUUCUGCUUCGUAUGGUGAUAGCAAGUUGCAUGAUAUGAUGCUUGCUAAUGCUUUUGCGAGGAGGUGGGGUGGGGUUAAUGUGGUUAGUAUGCAUCCUGGUUGGGUGAGGACGAAGAUGGGGGGGAGCAUGGCGCCUGGGGGGUUGGGGGAGCCUACGGUUGCGCUGGCGGAGUGGGCGGUUGGUGUUGGGGAGUUGGGGAGGUUGAGGAGUGGGUGUUUCUUUUCGCCUGCGGGUGAGGAGAGGCCUGAUGAGGCUGCUGGGGAUUUGGGGAAGCAGGAGGAGUUGUUGGAGAUUUGUGGGGAGGUUUCGGGGGUGGAGGUUCCUGUUUAG